AUGGCUAAAGCCAAGGAAGCACUUGCGAUCGAAGUACACGGGAUCUAUUACUGGACUGACUCGAUGGUCACAUUAGAUUGGAUAUCCAAUCCGACAAAGAAAAGGCCAACCUUCAUCAGCAAUCGCGUUAGGAAGAUAAAUGAUAUGUCACCAAUCGAAAACUGGAAUCACGUCGGGUCAAAGGAGAACCCAGCAGAUCUUAUAUCCCGGGGAACGUCUACACAAAAGCUAGCGGAAAGCACGAUUUGGUGGAAGGGCCCUGCAUUCCUCGAAGGACGCGAUCGCACGUGGACUCAAAGGCCAUCAAGAGUCAUGAUCACACAAGAGCAACAACAAGUAGACUCUCGUUGCGAAGUAAACUACUUAUUACUGGAUCGUUAUUCGAAAUUAGAAAAGUUGCAGAGAGUUGUAGCAUACUGUCUGCGUUUCAAACGAAACUGUCACAUACAGCAAAUUGAAAGAGAAACAGGGCCACUUACGUUGAAGGAGCUAGAUGAUGCUCAGUUGUGCAUUGUUCGAAUGGCACAAACUAUAUACUUUGCAACCGAGAUUCAACUGUUAAAGAAAAAUAAAUCGUUGCCCAGUUCUAGCACCCUCAUAACUCUUCAACCAUUCUUAGAUGAUCGUCAGGUUCUUCGCGUCGAAGGACGCAUUCAGGCGGCCGGUGUGGAAUUUAACCAGCAGCACCCAAUUAUUUUGUCAUCGAAAUGCAAGUUAGCAUAUUUGUUGGCCGUUUAUUAUCAUUUGGAAAAUCUACAUGGUCUGCACUGCAUUAGUGCACUUGAAUCUAUGAAAUUCAAAAAUCAAAAUAAGUUAUCGGAGUAUAUUGAUAAACAGCAUUUAAAGAAAAAUCACCAUUCGUGCUCGCAACAACGCAAUAAGAGCCGAUCUCCGCGGCUCAACAUCAAGCCGCUACGGGACCCGCAAGCUGCCGAAGUCUACGCACAACAGCUUGAAGCGGCACUACCCACUGCAGAGGAGCUCGGCGCAGCUUCUCUCGAGGAUGGCUGGACCAUUUCCUGGCUUAACGGCUUCGCUGAUGACUGCGACAUCAUAGCACGAAACUUCGCGAUGGUGGAGGAAACCUACACCAGACUAAAAGCGGAAGCUAAGCGUAUUGGACUGCUCAAAAGAAGAAGAGAACAAUGUCAGCCUGCCACCCCGGAUCACAGUAGACGGCGAUGA